GGGAGGAGUCCUGCUGAACUGGGAGUUGGCUGAUGAGGAAGCAGAACCAGAGAACACCGAGCAAAACCUAGAGAACCCGGAGAACGUGGAGACCCAAAGAGUAGAACUCCGUGCAGAACUUUCUGACCCGGAGGAACGAAGCACACAGUCCACGCCGCUCCAGAAACACCGCCAGCCGCCGUUUGUGAAAUCUGUUAGCCGCUAACAGCUACCUGCUGCUAACCGGGAAGUGACGCUGUCAGGCGAACAGGGCUCGAGCCACCGUUGUGUUUUCUUGUGAAGACUCGAACAGGAUAAGAAGAAGAUGAGUGGAGGUGUGAACAGCAUUGAGGCCGUUAAGAAGAAGAUCAAGGUUCUGCAGGAGCAGGCCGAGGAGGCUGAGGAACGAGCUGAGAGGCUGCAGAAGGAUGUGGAGAAGGAGAAGAGGACCCGAGAGGAGGCGGAGGCUGAGGUCACGGCUCUAGGUCGGCGCCUUCAGCUCAGUGAGGAGAAUCUGGACCGAGCUCAGGAGAGACUCGCUACAGCGCUGCACAAACUGGACGAGGUGGAGAAGGCUGCCGAUGAGAGCGAGAGAGGAAUGAAGGUGAUCGAGAACAGAGCUCUGAAGGAUGAAGAGAAGAUGGAGCUGUUGGAGGUUCAGCUGAGGGAGGCCAAACAGAUCGCUGAGGAGGCCGACCGCAAAUAUGAGGAGGUGGCUCGUAAACUGGUGAUGGUGGAAGGAGAGCUGGAACGAGCUGAAGACAAAGCUGAGCAGUCCGAGAGUAAGAGUCGGGGGCUGGAGGAGGAGCUGAAAACUGUCUUCACUAGUUCAAAGUCUCUGGAGGCCCAAACUGAGAAGUACUGUCAGAAGGAGGACAGGUACGAGGAGGAGAUCAGGAGCCUGAGCAGCAAACUGAAGGAGGCUGAGAACAGAGCUGAGUUCGCUGAACGUACUGUGGCAAAACUGGAGAAAACCAUUGACGAUCUGGAAGAUUCCCUGACUUCAGCCAGAAAUGCCAACAUGGAGCUUCAGACGACACUGAACCAGACGAUGGAGGAGCUGAACUCCUGCUGAACGCCCUCCCACCCAUCGAUGAACCUCACCUGUGGCCAAAACCUCCUCCUCACCUUCCUCCCCCCAGGUGUAGGUGAGGAGGUCAAACAUUCCCCCCGAAUGAUUCCUAAUUCACACAUUCCUUCUCUGAACUUUUGAGUCACGUUUGGAGUUUUGCUUCUUUAUUUUCCCCUUGUCCGGCUCCUCACUCCCCCUUCCCCUCUGCCUCCCCCUUUGCGCACCCCCAUGGAUGAGGAGCAGCUGGUGUGUUUUUGUCUAAAGGGAGUUUAACAGACUUAACAGCCCCCCUGCCUCGUUAAGAACUAAUUAACUAAUUAAGUGUUUGUCUUAACGGUUUCUUGUUGCGCUAAUUAGUUUACUUUGCCAAUAAUUGAUUGAUUGAUUGAUUGAUUAGAGCCAAUAUAUCCUGUUAGCCAAAUGAUUUGUUAUUUUAGUUCCUGGGGGCGUGGCUUAAGGGAAUGAUCAGCCAAUCACAGUGAGGCAUUCCACUGCCAAACAUAAACCAGGGGCCAAUGAGUGUUGGAGACACGCCCCCCUCCCCCCAUUAUCCCGCAGGUGACCUUUGACCUGAUGACAUAAAGUUAUUACCUGAUGAUGUCAUUGCUGUGCUGAUGUCACAGCUCAUUGUAAUAAACCAUGACAGGAUUUUAUAAAUAAAAGCACCGGCACUGGUAUGUAGACCCAAA